AUGAGUGCAAGGACAAGCCGCGGCGGCGGUAGCAGUGGCGCUAGUGGGAGUGGUACCAUGGGUAAGGGUAGUGGCGGUCCUUGCGGUGCUUGCAAGUUUCUGAGGAAGAAAUGUGAUCCGGGAUGUGUCUUUGCUCCGUACUUCGAUCCUGAUCAAGGUGCAAUCUACUUUGCAUCGGUGCACAAGGUUUUUGCUAGCAACGUUGGUAAGCUUCUUUCCAAAAUUCCAGUUCAUAAGAGGCUUGAUGCUGUUAUUAGUAUUUGUUAUGAAGCACAAGCACGAAUGAGAGACCCUGUUUAUGGAUGUGUUGGUCAAAUCUGUACCCUUCAACAACAGGUGUUGGCUUUACAAGCCGAACUCUCAUUCUUACAAAAUCAUCUUGCUACAAUGGAGAUACGACAACCGCCACCAAUUUUUCCAACGCAAGGAGUGCCGACAUCACCUAUUUUCUCAGUUGCAGACUUACCAACGGUUGUGGGUGUUGCCCCCACCACCUUAUCAAUGCCGGCCACUUUUGAUCCACCUUCCCACUUUGAUCCAGCAACUUGGGCUAUGUAUCAACGGGCCAUGAUGGACCCACGGCAAUACAUGGCUGUUUCAAGCCCAAUAGGCCCAACUGCUAGUGGUGAUGUUGAUCUCCAAACAGUUGCAUGUGAGCUCAUCAAUAGGCACGUACCUCUGCAAGCACUACCUCAGACUUCUGGUUCCAAUGCUGCAUCGACGUCAGCUCCAUCACUUAGUUCUUCUAAGUGA